CUGGCGCUGCCGGCGUGGCGUCACAAUCUCGCGCCGUCCUUGUCUCCUGCGUCGCAGUUCUCCUCCAGCAGACAAGAUGGCGGCGCUGAGGGCGAGCGUUGCGCAGCGGGCGGCGGCGGCUCUCCUGAGGCCUGGGCCGGCCCAGGCUCCUCUCGCCGCGGGAUACCACGAGAAGGUUGUUGAUCACUAUGAGAACCCACGAAAUGUUGGUUCCCUGGAUAAGAACGCAAAGAAUGUUGGGACUGGCCUUGUGGGAGCACCAGCCUGUGGGGACGUCAUGAAGCUGCAGGUUGAAGUAGAUGAAAAUGGAAAGAUAACAGAUGCCAGGUUCAAGACGUUUGGCUGUGGGUCAGCAAUCGCUUCGAGUUCCUUGGCUACUGAAUGGGUGAAGGGCAAGACGGUUGAUGAAGCCUUGAAGAUCAAAAACACAGACAUUGCUAAAGAGCUCUGCCUUCCUCCAGUAAAAUUGCACUGCUCCAUGCUGGCAGAAGAUGCCAUCAGGGCUGCCUUAGCAGAUUACAAGUUGAAGCAGGGGCCGAAGAGCAGUGAGCCAGGAAAAAAUGCAAGCGUGGCCUAGAAGGAGGUGCUGCGUGUCAAAAGGCCUGUCCCGCGACAACCUCCUUGUCAUUCCAAUUGUAAUUUAGCAGGGCAAUUACAGCAAGGAGCGCAUUUUGGAAGCAUGCACAAUGUCAGGCUGCAUUGGAACCACCUCAGGGCAGUCACCUUGAUCAUCUUUGCUACCAGCUUUUCUGUUUUCCUUCCACAUGUGGGAGGAAAGAGAAGAACCUUCUUGUGAUUUCAGUGUGAGAAUUUUGCUAUAAGUAAUCGUUCCAGCUUUCAGUGUGUAGGAGGCAAUUGCCUACAUGUUUGCUAGGGCAUGGCCUGCUGUUGCAAGGAGCAGCCCCAUCUCCGCUUUGGGCAAAGCUGCCUGGUACGAGAGGACAGUCAGGGACCUGUAACCCUCCCCACAGGAAGGGAAAUUGAGCCCACUCUAGAUAUCUUUGGGGACUAAAGAAGGUAGAAGUUCCUCUCCUGCUGUUUCCGCAGAUGAGGCAGCAAGCAAGAAUCUCCCUUCCCAUUGCCAGCAGCAUGUUCUUCUAGCCGGGAGGGAGGAGAUUUACCCCAACAGCAGAUUAAGGCAGAAACAACCAUGUUCCUAUCCUUAUUCCCUAGUUUGGGUUUUAAAGAAAAGGAUUGUGUGAUCAGACAGUUUAUGCACAAGUUUCUGAUUUAUUUUAUGUACAGUGUAUGCUAUAUAGAAAUAUAUAGAGAUAAUAUAUGCUGUGCUCUGGCUCAA